UCACGCUAUGUCUGCUGCAGGUACUUGCAUCAACAACACAUCAGUGAUGAUGUUCAAGAAGGGCAGCUUUGAAAUUGCCUGCACGGUCUAUCCAGUUGCUAUAAAGUAUGAUCCUCGGUUUGGGGAUGCUUUCUGGAACAGCAGUAAGUUUGGCAUGGUGUAUUAUCUGCUGAGGAUGAUGAGCAGCUGGGCCGUUGUCUGCAGCGUUUGGUACCUGCCGCCCAUGAACAGAGAGGAAGGGGAGGAUGCGGUGCAGUUUGCAAACAGAGUGAAAGCUGCCAUAGCUGAACAAGGAGGAUUAGUGGAUCUAAUUUGGGAUGGAGGGCUGAAACGAGCAAAAGUGAAAGAUGCUUUUAAAGAAGAGCAGCAGAACCUUUACAGUAAAGUUCUUCUAGGUGAGCAGGACGAGGGGGACCUAGGUGACAACAAACAUUUAGAGGAUGAAAAUCCAGAAGAGGAUGAAAGAAAUCAAGAUCCAACAAAAGAACAAUGAGGACACAGAGAAUAUAGGCCAUUAUAAAUAAAGAGUCUUACAUCUUAUAACGUGAUGGUGGAUGUGAAUUAUAAGAAGUAGAAAUGUCUAUUAAUAUAUGUCAGUAUUGUGACUGUUAUUUUUACCAGCCUGAAGGAAAAUAUUUUUCUUUUUCAUAUUUAUGUGUAAAAUGUCUAUUUAUUUCCAUUGUUUGUAUGAUUAAAGCUAGGAGAAUAGUUACACUUACAGUACAGAAAGCUCAAGCUUUGAAAGACAUGCAAAAGCUUAAAGGUCAGUUUGUCUUUGUUUUAAAACAGAUUGAUCAUAGACCAAAAUCCAAUAGUGAGCUUCAUUUUACUGUGAGCUUGUUGUAUAUCUGAUUAAAACACAUUCAUAUCUAAAAGAAAGUUUAAAAAUGUUGAGUUUCUAGUACUACAGUCAUCACAUCACAGCCAGACAGGGGCCGUGCCAACAUUCCUGAGUCACCUUGCUAAUUGGCUCAAGGCUCUAUAAGUGUCUUCGCCCUUAAUCUUAAAAACAAGGGAGAGGUGAAAGUGAGACCAAACAUUUUCAGGCCUGACACACCAUGUAAACCAAAUAUCAAAUGUGUUUGUCUGUGGUUGUUAGAAUAGUCUAUGAAGGAUUCAAGAUUUACAUUGAUGCAAUGUGUUAAUUUGCUCUCUUUACAACAGUAGGAGUCAGUGUUUGUUAGACAUAAACCGUAUCACAUAUUGUGGCAUGAAAAAUAAAGAUGCAGCUGUCUUGAAUACAUAGAUUCCCCAAAACAUCUAAUCAAACUCAUGGGAAUGAGGGUGAGUUGAAUGCAGGGGAAUAACUCUUAAAAAGCCAGUCUAUUCAUCCACUAAAACAGAAGGAAUAACAAACACAUUCCACAUGUAUCAAGGCAUUCAGUCCUGAAUCUGAAAUCCAUGCAGACACUGGCACUGCAGCCUGAUUAAGAUUCAAACUGGAGCUGCUUGUGAAACUGAAUACAACCUAUCAGCUGUCAGGCUUGUCAGGUAUCCUGGCCUAUAGGCUAU